CAACAGCUGUUCAAAAAGCCAUAUGGCAGCAACACAACUUUAAUAACAUUUUAAUAAUAAUUACAAAUUAUUAAAUAAAAACAAUAUAAAUAUGGACGCCGAGGAGCAGCAGCAACCCGCAGAGAUCACGCUCAGUACCUGUCCCGGCACAACGCCAUGCACACCGUUGAGCAAAAACCAAUUAAAGAAACAACGCAAACACGCCGAAAUGAUUGAAUUGCGAAAGGUGCGUCGACAAAAGGAGCGGGAGCGCCGGAAGGAAAAGAAAGCACAGGCCAAGGCCUUGGGAUUGCCUACGACUGUGGGCCCGUCACGCAAGGAGCUUAAACGCCGCCAGGUAUCCGUCGGCAAUCAGAGCGCUGAAGAUGCAGUCAACGUGGCCAUCGAUUUGAACUACGACGAUCUGAUGCAGGAGCGUGAUAUUGCCAAGUGUGUUAAGCAAUGCUUGCGCAUUUACACUAUUAAUCGCCGAUCCGAACAGCCAUUGCGUCUCCACUUCACAGGAAUAAAGCGUGACGGUCAUAUUCACGAGAGUUUCAAAAAGAACGACGGUUGGGAGAAUUGGAACGUUGAAUAUCAUUUUGAUCGCACGCACAGCGAUGUAUUUGAAAAAAGCAAGCUUGUAUAUCUCACAUGCGAAUCGGACCAGGUGCUGGAGAAGCCGCUGGCCGGUCACGCUUAUGUGAUUGGCGGACUCGUUGAUCACAAUCACUUUAAAGGAUUGUGUCACCAACGUGCCACUACUGAAGGUCUAUCGACGGCGCGUCUUCCACUCAGCGAGCAUGUAGAUAUGAAAACCCGUUCCGUAUUGAGUACGUUUCAUGUAUUCGAACUUUUGACGCGAGUUGCGGCUGGACAGGAUUGGACUCAAGCUAUUCUCGAAACCAUUCCGCAACGAAAAGGUGCCAAGGCGAAAGAGGCGAAGGAUGUUAUAACGCCAAAUGACCAAGAAGAACCAUUUGAAGAGCAAAGCAAAGCGUCAAUUGAGGAUGAAGAUGACUUAAAGGAUCAACCCACAACAGAAAGUUGACCUCAUCGUUAUGGAUUUAUACCUUUGCCUAGAAAAAAAGUGAAUAAUAAAUAAAUUGAAAUCUA